AUGGAGGUGUUCUUCAACUCGUCUUUGCUCUUCAUUUCACACAGACCAUUAAACUCCAGCAUACGGGACAAGACUGUGUAUGAGCAGUGUGAUGGCAUGCCAGCUGUGCUUCUAUUCUACCUGGCGCUGCAGUUCAUCAACAUGUUCCUGGGGAUCCCAGCCAACGUCAUGGUGCUGUGGCUCCUGCACAAGAACAAGAGUGACUCCACCACCUCGGACAUCUUCAUCCUGCAGCUAGCCAUCCUGGACACCUUCUUCUGCCUCAUCCCCCCUCUGGAGCUGGCCAACAUCGUCUACCUGAGCACCGCCAGCAACUGGUACGUGCUGCGCUUCUUCUAUGGCGUCAAGGACUCCUCGCCGCUCUUCCUCUCCUGCAUCUGCCUGGACCGCUACAUGGCCGUGCUCCACCCAAUCACCUUCACAGAGCUCAAGGACCGCCGCCACCGGCCCGUGCUUGCCGCCGUCAUGUGGCUUGUCACGCUGGCCUACUCCGCCGCCAAGUGUGUGGGCAACAUCUUUAACUUUGAAAUAGUCUUCACAGUCAUGAUCCUGGCGGCGUUCGCCUUCAUGAUGUUCUGUAACGUCGCCAUCCUGUGGGCCCUGAAGCAGUCUGGGCCGGGCCGCGACGAGAUGCACCCCGUCAAGAAGAGAGCCUUUAAAAUGGUCCUCAUCAUAUUGGCAAUCAUUGUUUUUAACUACUUCCCUCCCGUGGCUCUGUUCCCCUUCCAGCAAUACUUCUCCCCUGAUGUAUUCCAGUGCUACAUCCACUACAUUGCCUUUGGCUUCAUGGACAUUAGCAGCAGUAUUCAGCCUGUGCUUUACCUGUCCAAAGAGAAAAUACUACCACAGAAACCUGGCUGCUGCUGUACCGGAAAUAAAGCCAACUCAGGAUGA